UGUUACUGGUCUGUGAUUGCCUUCUCCCCAUCUGCCAAAUUGCUCUAUCCGUGAUAACCAAAGAUUUGUUAAAAAAGGUUUUGGUGACUGGUUCAUAGCAUUGACAAAGAUUUAAAGCAAUAAAAUGGAUGAAGACUUGAUAUUUGAUCCGUCUUUAAAAAAGAAAAAGAAGAAGAAGACUGGAUUUGACAUAGACGCUGCGCUUGCUGGAGAGCAAGGUGAAACCACGAGUACCGAAGCGCCUGCCGAGUCCGGUGACGUCGACGUACCAGAGGACGACAACCUCGACUUAGACAAUUUUGGUAAAAAGAAGAAGAAGAAAAAGAAGACCUUCUUCAAUUUAGAUGAGUUAGAAAAUGCGUUGCCUGAGACGAAGGAUGAAAAACCGCCUGCCGAAGAACCCGAGCAGCAAGAAGAAGAAAUGGUCGAUGACUUAGAUUUGGAUAUAGAUUUCAGUAGAAAGAAGAAAAAAAAGAAGAAAACCAUAGAUGAACUGGUCAUGGAGGACGAUCUUAAGGGCGAAGAUCAAGAGAAAGAGGAUGAUAUGCAUGGUGACUGGAUCGGCAGCGAUCGCGACUACUCAUACGAUGAACUUCUCGAGCGUGUGUUUGACAUUAUGAGGGAGAAAAAUCCCAGCAUGGUGUCAGGCAAGAAACAAAAAUUCAUUAUGAGGCCACCCCAAGUGGUAAGAAUUGGUACGAAGAAAACAUCUUUUGCAAACUUCACUGAAAUAUGCAAAACACUUCACCGGCAACCUAAACAUUUAUUAGACUUUUUGCUGGCCGAAUUGGGUACAAGCGGCUCUGUUGACGGUAAUAGUCAGCUCAUCAUUAAGGGACGUUUCCAACAGAAACAAAUAGAAAACGUUUUGAGAAGAUACAUCAAAGAAUAUGUAACUUGUCACACCUGCAGAUCCCCUGAUACAAUUUUGCAAAAGGACACCCGGUUAUUCUUCCUUCAAUGUGAGACAUGUGGAUCUCGUUGCUCAGUGGCCAGUAUUAAAUCUGGUUUCCAGGCUGUCACUGGAAAACGAGCCGCUAUGCGUGCAAAGACUGCAUAGAUUAGUGUUUAGUGAUAUUCAAUUUUACAAAUCGAGGAUGUGGGGUACAUGCAGGAAAUUUGCCAUUCUUUGUGGAUCAUGCAUAAUAGAUUUUGUAAUAUAUAGUUUACAUUACAGAUUUUUUCAGCUGUUAAUCAGGUGAUGCUGAAAUUUUCCUAAAUGUUGUGCUUGGGAUACAAGUUUACUUGUAUUUAUUGUUUGAUAUUUCGGUUAUGAAUCACGCAAAAGGAUUCUAGGAUUGAAUAUGUAAUAUACUCAGUUGAUAUACAUAUAUUACUGUUAAUUUAGGUUAUAAAAGAUAGAGUAUAUUAUACUUUUAACAUCCUUUAUUUUUAUUACCCUAUUAGUGCUCAAAUUACUAUGUGGCUGGACUAACAUGAAGUAGAAAUUCUGGAUGUACCCUAAAAUAACCCCUAUAUUUAUGUAUAGCUCACUAAUGUAAUAUUCUCAUUGAUACACAAUGUUUUUAA